AAGCUUCAGAGAAAGAGGAUUCUUUAAUAAAGAAAGGAUCUGUCUUGGAGAUUUAACUUUCUUAAAUCCUUCAAAUCCCUUUGCCUAAUGCAGUAAUAUUCCAAAAUUUUAUGACAGUUUUCACUUCAUGUGUAUUAGGAACAAGUAACUGUCAUCUCUAACUGACAGAAUGGACACUCAUUCCUUCUGGAACUGGCAUACUGGGGCACUGUAAAUUUGCUCUCUGAAAUAUUUUCAAGUUUAGGAGUUCUGUUAUAAAUGUUCCCAUUAAUUUACAUGUGGUAUCAUUUUUUUUCCCUUAAUGGUGUCUGUAGGUACAAAAAGGCAGUGAGAUGUAUUUACUAAACUGUUACCUUCCCAGUUAGUGAAUUGCUUAGCACAGAUGCUUUCUUUCAUAAGUACUGUCAUUAAAUGCAUGAAACUAUUGAUCUAAACUGCUUUCCUGGGAGGCUGCUCCUUAUAAAGAGCAGAGUCGGGUCUCUUUUUGGCUGCAAACUGGGCUGAAUUUCAUAAUAAAACUUUCAUCAUAAAACAAAAAAAAAAUCAAGACUCCAAACAACAAUAACCUCCCUAUGAUACAUCAAUGACUAAAUCUCUGAGAGAGCUGGCUUUAAUUUUUCUUACAAGGGAAAAAAAAACAAAAAGAGAGAGUAGGAAGGAUGCAGUGUUUCUUGUAAGGGACUCCUUUUUGAAGAGAUCAUGCUAAAAAGGCUGCUAAAGGGAUCUCUUGCUGCUGUGAUUUGUAGAAAGGAGCUCUCUUAAUUAUAGUCGGAGUUUAUUGCAUCUCUCCCUCUCUCUCCCCCGCUCUGUCGUCUGUCCCCCCCCCAAUGUGUGUGUAUGCAGAGCGCUAGGGAAAGCUGGCAGCACUACCUGAAUAGCUAUUGAAAGAGUGAGACUUCUCAGUUCCUGCUUCAUUACUGGGUAGCCGCUAUUCCAGUGUGUGAGAGCGCCUAACUGCAUUCUCCCAUCGAAAAGCCCUUGGUUUCAUUUUCCUUCACCAAUACUUCAAGGCACAGAGGAGCUGGUAAAGGCAUUGCCAUGAAACCGAACUUGAAGCAGUGGAAACAACUCAUGCUGUUUGGGAUCUUUGCAUGGGGUCUGCUUUUCCUGGUGAUAUUCAUCUAUUUCACAGAUAGCAACACUGCUGAACCGGUUCCCAGUUCCUUUUCUUACAUUGAAACUAAGAGGCUUCUGCCCCUUCAGGGCAAGCAGAGAGUCAUCAUGGGAGCCAUACAUGAUCCAUCAUUCUCUGAAACCAUCGACGGGAACGAGGUACUUCUUAAUGAAGAUCUCUUAGGUACAUUUAAAUCGGGGACUGGAAGUAUUAAGAAAUGGACUGAUUUGGAAGAUGCCUUUAGGAAUGAAGAUGAACUUUUUCCAUCCCAGGUAGGAAGAAAAUCAAAAAGCGCUUUCUACCAAGUGAAUGACGAUUAUUUAUUUGCUGCUGGUCAGCCUCGGCCACACAACCACCUACAAGAGAUAGCAAAAUUCAUCUCAGCUGAUGAGGAUAAUCCAAAAGUAAAUAUUUUACAGAACAACUGGAGCCAUCAGAGAAGAAUGAGGAGGAGGAGCAUAAAGCAUAGGAGAAGCCAGCUGCUUGACGAAUCUGAUGACUGGGAUGGGCUAUAUCCCACAAUGUCGAAAUCCUUUCUUUACAAGCUUUGGAAAGGGGAUGUCUCUUCCAAGAUGCUAAACCCUCGACUGCAGAAGGCGAUGAAAGAUUAUUUGAGCACCAAUAAGCAUGGGGUGCGGUUCAAGGGGAAACGAAACUCCAAGUUGACAGGAGACCAGCUAUUCUGCGAGCUAAAAGAAAGGGUGAAUGUGAAAACAAUAGAUGGCAAGGAGGCUCCCUUCUCCACUCUUGGAUGGGAAAAGCACGUUCCCCAAAUUCCACUGGGCAAAUUGUAUACACAUGGUUUUGGGAGCUGUGCCGUAGUUAUGUCUGCUGGUGCAAUACUGAACUCCUCUCUAGGGGAUGAAAUAGAUUCUCACGAUGCUGUUCUAAGAUUUAAUUCUGCUCCAACACGUGGCUAUGAAAAAGAUGUUGGAAAUAAAACAACCAUGCGGAUCAUUAACUCUCAGAUUCUCACCAACCCAAACCAUCACUUUGUUGACAGCUCCUUGUACAAAGAUGUUAUCUUAGUAGCCUGGGAUCCUGCCCCCUACUCUGCAAAUCUGAACGUGUGGUAUAAGAAGCCAGACUACAAUCUGUUCACUCCCUAUGUACAGCAUCGCAGGAAGAAUCCAAACCAGCCUUUUUACAUUCUCCAUCCAAAGUUUAUAUGGCAGCUCUGGGACAUCAUUCAGGAGAACACUAAAGAGAAGAUACAGCCCAACCCUCCUUCUUCAGGUUUUAUUGGUAUCCUCAUCAUGAUGUCCAUGUGUAACGAAGUGCACGUGUACGAAUACAUCCCUUCAGUCCGACAGACCGACUUAUGUCACUACCAUGAACUCUACUACGAUGCAGCUUGUACCUUAGGGGCCUACCACCCUCUGCUCUACGAGAAGCUGUUGGUGCAGAGGAUGAACAAAGGUUUGCAGGAUGAUCUGUAUCGGAAGGGGAAAGUCAUUUUGCCAGGGUUCAAAGCUGUCAAGUGCCCCGAACGAAAUAGUUUCCCACACUUGUAGAAGAGAGUCCUUCAGAAACAAUGUGCAAUAAGGUACUACUGUCGUACUAUAAAAAAGGAGAGAAUACUUGAAAAAUGUAUCUUAGACCAAUCUAGUCUUGAGUCUAUAAAUUGUAAUUAAGUAGCAGGCAUGAGAAAUGCUUCUUUUCUGAGCCUGAGUAUUUAUUACUGCUUUGCAAAUAGUUAAAGAGAAAAAAAAAAGGCUUAGCUCAUGAAAGGUGCAAAGGACAUACUUAGGCAGAAAUAUAAUGUAUUGUUGUGGGUGUGACUGUCAGAAUUUGUCGGUGGUCUCUUAUGCCACAUAUGCUAGACUGUAACUUUUUUUUAAUGAACUUAUUUAACUGUCAAACCUGGCAUUGUGAAACAGCCUCUAUUGUUCAUGUACAGAGCAGCCAGUUGAACAAUGCAGCAUUUCUCAUGGCUCCAUGGGAUUUUCACACUCUCCAAGAAUGAAGUAAUCGCUACUCCGAGCUGUGCAGUCAUUGACUAGCGCAGGCUUUUAAUUCCUGCUCAUAGGCAGCCCCAGUUACAGGCCUCCAACUGUACAGGGGGCCUUAUGGUGGCUGUGAAGUCAGUGCAGAUGGAGAUGGCUGUACACACAGCUAAACCAGUAAAGCUACUGGAUAUACUUUUGAUAUCAGACCCCCGUGCUCACACUGACUGCACAGGGCAGAGGGAAAAGAGAAAUGUCUCAUUUCUUUAGAGAGCAACUAACAUAUUCGUAACCCAUUCAGGAAAAAAACCUCUCCCUGGGAGGCCUAUCAAGAGGGUGUAAGUGAGAUGGAAAUGGUGCCUUCCCCUGGUCUGCACAGAUAAAGAUGAUCCAGAGAAAGGCAAGGGAGGCCGUGCAGCACUCGCACGUCUCGCUGAAAGCCAGCGUAGAGGGAGCUCACCUUCCUGCAGCAAAGGUAUCGUUUAGGAUUACAGACAUCAUUUGUUAGGUAUUUCACUGGGAUCCAAAUCAAACUCACUUGUUCACAAGUUGCUGCUGUUAAGAAAGUAUAAGGAGUUUUCUGACAAAAGAAGAGCAUUGCAGCAUUUUUUAUUUAACUUUUGAAAGACCAUGCCCCAGAGAGGCUGUAAUGUCUGCAAGAAACCUGACUACAGAUUGCAUAUGGAGUUAAUUCGAUAUUUUCCUUCAUAACACAGAAUGAGAAUAUUCUCUAAGGCACUUCUAAAAAUCUGCCUGGUUGCUAAUAUAUUUAAAGCAUUAUUUUUCAUGGCAAGACUUGAGUUUCAGAUUUUCUGAGUGGCAGGAGGUUAAUGUUUUGGGGUGGUUUUUUUCGCCCUUUCUCUUAGGGUAAGGUCAGCAGCAACAUAUGUACCCAAAAGCACAGCUAUAUCCUCGUCAUGUCCAUUCAGUGGAAAGGCAGGCAGCUCAAAGAGACACUGAAAAAAAUAGCUGAGUGAUUGUGGUGGAAAGUAUUUUUUGUGUUUUGUCUUAAGCAACAGAAAGGCAGCUGAAGAGUGCACACAAUAUUAAUGACUAUUUCCUCUUCAAUAGUAAUGUAAGUAUAAUCACAGAAUCCUUUUUCUGUCACUGCGCUCUUUGGGUCUGAUGAUUUUCCUUCCUCAAAAGUGGAGAAUAUGUGUCUUACAUAGGGCUUCACCAUCUUUUCCCAUGUAGUCUCUUGAUUUGGGCUUCAUGAUCCUCUUAAGAUUCCUUUUGUUGACAGAAAGUAUGUCCAGAUGAUCUAAAAACUGUACUUCUGUAUUGUGUGGAUAGUUAUGUCCAUAAAUCAUUUUGGUACAUGUCAAAAUGAGUAGGUUUUACUCAUAUUAGCCUUAGACUCUGCAUAUAUUACAUACUGAUUUCUUUUUAAUGUUAUGUAUGGUGGCAACUUUAUUCUUAAAAUUAAUAACACUGGUUUUUAAUCGUGUGGAGAGUAGAUAAUUUACAUAGAACUAAUCUGUUUUUCCAUACGUUUGGUACCCUGUUUGCAAAACGUUUGAACAGUGCAAUCAAACAUGUCUGUCUUUCCCGUACGCUGGGUUAGCUACCACAUGUUUGUAAAGGAAGGGAGUUGACUGGCUUUCGAGGACUAGUGAAUACACUACUUUUCCAUAAGCUGUAAAUUCUAAAGUUCUGAAAAGAAAAAAAAAAAGCAUAUCACACUGACUGGUCUGCAGCCGCUAAUCUUUGAUUCUCACGAAGAACAAAAAUACUAACUGCAUUACUCAACUACCCACAGCAGGAUUAUGUUGUAUUGUUCUCUCAGUAAUUUGUCAGAAUAACCAACAUAGCUGUUGUACAGAACGAGGCAAAUGAUAAAGUUUCAUGUAACGAGUGCUAAGCAUACCUGCUCUAAUACAUCAUUUAAAUAACAAUGCAGAACCAGGUCUGAGAUGUUGUAAAAUGAACUGUGUAUUUUUAAUCUACGGGACUGUGCGCAUUCAAGGCCUUCUGGCAUAAAUUUUUUCUUUGCCGUAUCCUGAUUUAUACGGCAGUCAGAGCUCCUUCCACAAGUGCAAACGUGGGUGCUGUAGCACCACCACCUCAGUAGAAGCUGCUGAGCUGUCCUGCAAAUGCUUGCUUGCUCACAGAGGAGGAAGACCAACUUGGGAUGCCCAUCUUGAAAAAAAAACUAAGCAUCCCUGGCGUGACUUUCCAACACUUGUUUCCACUGUGAUGUUUCACUGAUCUGCCUGCUCAAACAUUUUGUGGCUGCUUAAAGAGAUUUUACUCCCCUACUUUGUCUUGUCCGCCUUCAGUUUUUGACACAAGUAAGCAUAGCCUGAGUUGGUAACUGAGGGCUCACGUCCACUUGCUGCAAGAAGGGAAGGGGCAGAAGUAAAGAGGGAACAUAAAGGACUUGCGGAGGUGCUCCCCUCACCACUGCUUACACUCUGUGGCAUUGGCAUUGGUGGCUUUUAUAAGAACCCACCAAGUAUUCUUUGCGUUUGUGGGCAUUUCCCCAUCUCUGGUGAGGGCAGAGAGAUCUUCAAAAAGAAGAUCUAUAUUUUACAUUCAGUAAAUUUAAAACAGCGAGUGAGUGUCUAGUAGCACCGAACCAUGUAUCUUAAUAAUAAUAACGCGGGAGAGUGCUGGGUUUAGAUAUGUAUAUUAAAUGCAGGCAAUGUGAAAGGAAAUGCAUUUUCCCACCCAGCCAGUGGGAAAAGAUACAGCCGUGGCUUCGUAGCUCUCCCAUGUGCCUGUCGCGCCCUGACGGAGUGGAACAGCACCGUCGAUGAGAGGUUUGCCCAAACCUGGCCCUUGAAGUGCAUCAUCAGCCGAGCAAAUGUCUCUGCUGGUGAACUCCCUUCACACUUGUUGCUGCGAUGCAGGUUUUAAAUUUACGGAGUUUUACCGACAAGUAGGAGUAAGUUGCCUUCAAAAGCUGUUGAGCUUCAUUUCUGUGCCCUGGUGCUGUGGACAACAGUUGCACUUAGCUGAAACAAACCAGAAACACAGCAGCAGCCUAAGGAAAUGUGCUGAGUUUAUGCUGAAUUUCAUUAUGCUCUUUUUUCCACUGUGAAUUCCGUAGCUUUUCUGACUUGCGGUGCUCUAUCAUUUUACGCAUUCAGCCUUUGGAUGGUCAAAUCAAGGUAUUCUUCUGUUUAUUCAUGAAAAAAAAAUACGUAAGAUUUUGCCUCAUUUUGAGCCAAAAACUUUUUUGCUAGAAAAAAAAUUAUUAAUUGUUUCAUUCUUUAUGGUUCUAGAGCUUUUAGUCUAACGUUUACCUGAGCAUAAACUCACAGCUCAGUCAUUCAUUCCUUGGAUUAAACUGCUUCAUCUUCUUUUUUGACCUUGCUGUGCAAUUUCAUGCUGUUCAAACUCUGGUAGUGUCAGUGAAAUUGCAAUGAUAUAAGAAAUACGUACCUUUUUAGAGAGAGGGGGUGAUUUAUACACUCUAAUCUAUGCUCUCUCUGUACAAAUUUAGCUAAAUCAUGGCAUGUUGUUGGUCAGAACACUUUCUUUGGUGAAAACAUCCAAAUUCUGAACUUGUUGCUGUAGAUCUCUUGCCAAAGUCAGCAAAACCAAGACAGGUUUUUUUUCUUAAAUGAAGACAAGUGUCUACACUCAAUGGUUGCACAGACUGAACACAGUCAUUUUAGAGACAGAUUGAAUUAAACAGGAGUUCAAAAGAUGUGUAGACCAAUCCAAUCCGUAGUGUAUUUUUUUUUCUUUUUCAUUUCCUUUUUCUUUAGCAGUUUUUAAGGAUGGAAAAGGCCUUUUGAACCGUGACACAGAUGUACCAUGAAAUGAAUAUUAAAUGCAUUGACUGCAAAAAUUAAUGGCUACUAUCUUUCCCUUUAUGCUCGCUAAAGUUGAUGCUUAUUGAAUGAAUUAAAUUGUAUUUUGAAGUAGGUAAUUCAGAAGACUGUUAUUAGAAAACAUCUGAAUCUUUCCUGGGAGCUCUCCUCUCACACACAAGGAGGAUACCUGAUUUAACUGUUUGAAAUUUAAAGUAGCCCGCGUCUGGGUGUACCUGAAUCAGUGAAUGAAUUUUGACACUGCAAAUUUUCUUCUCUCUGGCUUAGUGAUCAGAUUCAGAGUUUUGUUCUUGAAAUAAGAGUUGUGUGUAAAAGCCUUACAUGUAUCCAUACCAUCUCAUCACUCUUAUAAUACAUAGUCAUUGAACUAUUCAAAUAUAGACUGUGUACUUUUUUAAUAGCUUUGAGAAUUAUUUUGUAUGAUGAUUUUUUUAAAUGAAUGUGUACUCUAAUAACAAAGCUUAAGAUUUUACAGGAGUCACAUUUUUAA